AGAGGGGAAUGAGAAGAUAGGGGGUAGAUAAAAGAGCAGAGUGUGAUUUUAGCUGAGAAUUCACAGAGGCUUCGGAUGGAAAAGCAUCCGGGUCUUUUAUGCGUAAACCCUCAUGAGCUUUACUUUAUAAGAACACAAAGGAGCAGAGGAAAGAUGGAGAGGAAAAGGACAGAAAACCAGAAUCUGUGUGAGAAGAGGUUGAGGGUGUGCGUGGCAACCUGCAACAGAGCGGACUACUCCAAGCUGGCCCCCAUCAUGUUUGGGAUCAAAUCCCACCCUGAAGAGUUUGACCUGGAAGUCAUGGUGCUUGGCUCACAUCUCAUUGAUGACUACGGGAACACUUUUCGUAUGAUCGAGCAGGAUGACUUCGACAUCGGCUCCAAGCUCCACACCAUUGUGAGAGGAGAGGAUGAGGCAGCCAUGGUGGAGAGUGUUGGGCUGGCACUUGUGAAACUCCCUGAUGUCCUACAGAGGCUGCACCCUGACAUCCUGGUCAUCCAUGGUGACCGUUUCGACGCUCUAGCUCUAGCAACUGCUGCAGCGCUGAUGAACAUUAGAAUACUUCACGUGGAGGGAGGAGAGGUGAGUGGUACGAUUGAUGACUCAAUCCGCCACGCCAUCAGUAAACUGGCACAUUACCACGCUUGCUGCACACGCAUGGCAGAGCAGCACCUCAUCGCCAUGUGUGAGGACCACUCUCGCAUUCUGCUGGCUGGCUGCCCUUCAUAUGAUAAGCUGCUGUCAACGCAUCACAGAGAGGACUACAUGGAUAUUAUCAAGAGCUGGCUGGGUGACAAGGUGCAGGAGUAUGACUACAUAGUGGCUUUGCAGCACCCAGUUACCACUGACAUCCAGAAGUCCAUUAAGAUAUAUGAGCUGAUGUUGGAUGCCCUGAUCUCCUUCAACAAAAGGACCCUCAUCCUCUUCCCUAACAUUGAUGCCGGAAGUAAAGAGAUGGUGCGUGUGAUGCGAAAGAAGGGUAUCGAGCAGCACCCCAACUUCCGGGCAGUGAAGCACAUUCCCUUUGAGCAGUUCAUCCAGCUGGUGUGCCACGCCGGCUGCAUGAUUGGAAACAGCAGCUGUGGGGUACGAGAAGCCGGUGCCUUUGGUACGCCUGUCAUUAACCUGGGAACAAGGCAAACUGGCAGAGAAACAGGUGAAAACGUUCUACAUGUCAGAGAUGCCGACACUCAGAAUAAGAUCUACCACGCUCUGGAGCUGCAGUUUGGAAAGCGAUACCCCUGUUCUAAGAUUUACGGUGAUGGCAACGCAGUGCCUCGUAUUAUCAAGUUUUUACGUACUAUUGACCUGGAUGAGCCCCUCCAGAAGACUUUCUGCUUCCCCCCGGUGAAAGAUUCCAUCUCCCAGGACAUCGAUCACAUCUUGGAGACACAGAGCGCCCUGGCUGUUGACCUUGGAGGGACCAACCUGAGAGUGGCCAUCGUCUGCAUGAGGGGUAACAUAGUAAAGAAGUACACUCAGCCCAAUCCAAAGACCUACGAGGCCAGGAUGCAGCUCCUAUUAAAGAUGUGUUUAGAUGCCAUGCGGGACGCAGUCGGCCUCAACUGUAGAAUACUUGGUGUUGGGGUGUCUACAGGCGGACGUGUAAACCCACAAGAAGGGGUGGUCCUACACUCAACAAAGCUGAUCCAGGAGUGGUCCUCAGUGGACCUGAGAACGCCCAUCUCCGACGCCCUGCACCUACCCGUCUGGGUCGACAAUGAUGGCAACUGUGCUGCGUUGGCUGAGAGGAAGUUUGGCCACGGCAAGGGAGUGGAGAACUUUGUCACUGUCAUCACAGGAACAGGUAUUGGAGGAGGGAUUAUCCAUCACAAUGAGCUGGUCUAUGGCACUACCUUCUGCGCUGCAGAGCUCGGGCACAUCAUGGUUUCAUUAGAAGGCCCGGAGUGUUCGUGUGGCAGCAGAGGAUGCAUAGAGGCCUACGCGUCCGGCAUGGCUCUGCAGAGAGAGGCCAAAAGGCUGCACGACGAGGACCUGCUGAAGGUGGAGGGGAUGGAAAUGAAGCUUUCAGAGCCAAUCACCGCUGCCCACCUCAUCAACGCAGCAAGACUGGGGAACUCCAAAGCCGACGCUGUUCUGAACAAAGCCUCCACAGCACUAGGUGUGGGCAUUGUUAACAUCCUCCACAUAGUGAACCCUACGCUGGUGAUUCUGUCUGGAGUCCUGGCCUCUUACUACCAGACCCCAGUGCAGCGCAUCAUCUCUGAGAGAGCGCUCUUCUCUGCCCAGAGCAUCAAGGUUCUCACAUCAGACUUGGAGGAACCUGCUUUACUUGGAGCAGCUAGCAUGGUGUUAGACUAUGCAACCAGAAGGAUUUAUUGAAAGACAUUGUCCUGAUUUACUUAGGACUGCUACCAACAAGAUGACUGCCAAACUUAAAGUAGUACCUGUGCGGCCCAGAUAGAUAUAUAAGCAUAUCUAGGGGAUACAUUUUGAAGGCUGGGGUGAAAGACAAUGCAUUCUAACAAAUCAUGUGUUUAGUUUUAUUAAAUAUUUGUUGAUGGCUGCAAGAAUGUAGUUUUUGUUGUGGUGUCCACAAAAAAAUACAAGUUCUCAAGC